CAAAUGUCACGUGACCGUCGCUCUCCGGCCCCUCCCUGGCCAGUCCCGCCGGCGCCCGUCCCAACUCUCGCGAGAAGACGGCCCUUUUCCCAUAUCUCCCCGCGGCGGUGGAAGCCGUCCUCUUUCCGCCAUCUUGCGAGGCCGCCACCAUGGUGCGCAUGAACGUCCUGGCGGAUGCUCUGAAAAGCAUCAACAAUGCAGAGAAACGAGGAAAACGCCAGGUCCUCAUUAGGCCGUGCUCCAAAGUCAUCGUCAGGUUUUUAACUGUGAUGAUGAAGCAUGGCUACAUUGGCGAAUUUGAAAUCAUUGAUGAUCACAGAGCUGGGAAAAUUGUUGUCAACCUCACAGGCAGAUUGAACAAGUGUGGAGUGAUCAGUCCCAGAUUUGAUGUUCAACUGAAAGAUCUGGAAAAGUGGCAGAACAACUUGCUGCCGUCACGCCAGUUUGGGUUUAUUGUGCUUACAACCUCAGCUGGCAUCAUGGACCAUGAGGAAGCAAGACGAAAACACACAGGAGGCAAAAUCCUGGGAUUCUUUUUCUAAGGCUGUAAAAGAUGCAAUACCAAUAAAAUGCUCAAAUGGACUCUGGCCUUGAAAAUGUAAAUCACUUUAAGGAGCAUUUGUGGCAGUAUUGGAAAUGAUAUUAAAAGUUAAGAAACGUG